UGAUUUUGUAAAUGUUAUGUCAUACGAUUUCCAGUUGUACAAUCCUGAUUAUCCUUUCACGGCACAUCACAGUCCAUUAUUUUCAAGAAAUAGUGAAAAGAAAUAUAAUUAUUUUCUGAAUGUGGCAUGGGCUGUUGGGUUUUGGGAAGCACGUGGCAUGCCUCGGAAAAAGAUUAUGAUUGGGGUACCAACACAUGCACGAACUUAUCGCCUCAAAAGCUCUCGUUUCCAUGACUUGGACGCUCCUGUAACUGGACCAGGACUAAAUAAAGGCAAACUCAUAUAUCCUCAGGUGUGUCAAUUCUUGAAGCGUGGAGCGACUCAGAUAUUUGACAUUUCAACAAAAGUCCCUUUUGCUUACCUAGGAAACGAAUGGGUGGCUUUCGACAACGAGCAUAGUGUCUCUUUUAAGAGCCAAUGGGUGAAAGAAGAGGGUUAUGGUGGCAUCAUGAUCUUCAACCUGAAUAAUGAUGACUGGAAAGGCAACUGUGAUAAUUCAACCAAAUUCCCUCUCACUGCAGCAGUUAAAAAAAUGCUUAUGUGAUUUAAUUUUUUAUAUAUAAGAACCAAACAUAUUUUACUCCACAUAUAAAACAUGAACUUUUCAUUAUACCAAAGCAUAUUUAUUAUAUUUAUUCAGGAGAAAAAAGCAUGUUUGUACAGUAAGAUGUUUUAACUGAGUAAUUUGAUUAAGAUAUGAAAUCAAAUUAUUGAAAAGCUUCACUGUUUCAUUAAUUUAAUAUUUAUUCACUUUAAAUAAAUGUUCACUUUUUGAUA